GCACAUCCGCCAUCGAGCUCCGGCGCGACGUCAUAGGGAGACUGGCCAACACCUGCAGCAGCAUGCACAAUGACGAUGCAACGCCGCUGUUCAUGGUGCACGUCAAUAGGCUGAUCAAGGAGGCCAUCGCGGAUAUCGGCGGCCCCGAGGCGGCCGUCGACUGGAACGCUGACCCAUUCUCGAACGACUUCGCAGAGCACGACCAAGUGACGACCGAUUUCUUCAGAGAGCUGGACAACUGCACGGGCGAGGCUGCCAACCCACCUGUCCGCACUUUCGGGGGCUUUGGCAUGACGGACAAACAGAAGGGCCUGGCGCACUUCGUCAUCCGCCAGCUCUGCGGCAUCACCCCAUACCCAGUGGCCAACGACCGCAGGGACCUACCAA